AUUUACAGAGUAUUUACCAAAUAUGUUAACACGUCUACUGAUUAUUCUUCUAAUACAGGCUUAUUUUUCACCCGCAACAUAUUCGGAGAACUAUGAGUCUAGAAAAUGCAAAGCUGAUUUCAUGUGGUCGGAUGAUACCAGGAGGUGUGUUGAAUGUAUGUUGGGUUACUAUGGACCAGAAUGUAUCUACCAGUGCCCUUAUCCAUCAUUUGGUCGUCGUUGUUUGGACGGAGUCUGUUACUGUUCACGAGAGUUCUGUAAUGUCUCUACAGGAUGUAUAUCAGUUGAGGCUAAAGAUUCUACAAUUUUGACCACGCAAUUAGGAAAAAAUUUUCAACCCAGAGGUCACAGUGAUAUCAAGGACAGGACAAUUAAUGAGGAUUCUGUUCAGCUGAAACAUUCUACUAUUUUGUCCACAUCAACGGGAAACACUUUCCAAACUGGGGAUCAUAAUAAUGGCAAGGACAACACGAUUAAUGAGAAUUCAGUUACCAACUAUCAAACCACUGAGUUUAGUGAAACAGGAAGAGAGGAGCUGAAACCCAAUCAGAGGAACUCUGAUUAUGAGAAGAAAUCCGAAGAUAAUGUACAUCAAAGGCUGCGAAACAAUAGUUGUACAAAUUAUAAAGGUAUUUAA